AUGCCAACCGUCUCCCAGGACUCGCCGUCGCCUUCAUCGCCUUCCCCAUUGCAUCUUCUUAUGGCCUCUCACGCUGCUGCCAUCGCAACCGGAACCCCACUCCCGUCUGGCCUGACUCCAACCCCUCCCCCAGCUCUCCCUUUGGACGACGUCGCGAGACAGCCCAAGAGGCGGCGCGAAUCUGAUUCCUCAUCGUCGCGAGCCUUUGCUUCCACCCAGCUCGAUCCUCAAUCGCCUCCAUCGAAGUCGGCCAAGCUGCUGCUGGCAACUGGCCAAGCCCCGCCUUUGGAAGACGAGCGACGGCCCAGAGAAGAAGAAACAGGCGGAGAGGUUGAACAAGAGCAUCUACACGCGACCGACGAGAGUCCCAGUCAGCGUGAUCUAGCUGCUCUCAUGUCUGCGGGGACCCAAGCCAUGAGCCGUCCGGCAGACGCGCCGCAGCUGGCUCCCACGGCCGCCAUGGAGCCAUCCUCCAAGGUCGCUACGGCUGCCUUGUCCAUAUCACAAAACGGCGGCGGCGAUCGUAUCGAAGAACGAAGCGAGAUGACUCCCCAGAGCCCAUCAAGCAUCGCCGGCGCGCAGGUAACCGAAAGCCCAACAGCGAUGGAUGUCGAUGCGAAAGGCGAAUCCCUCGUCUCUCAACAGGUUGCCGUACAAGACGAACGACCACAGCCUGGAUCAUUGUCCUAUCCCGGUUCCCUACAAACAAGCGGCAGCAUUCCGGAUUCGCCAAUCCGGGGCAUGAGCUUUCCAAUGCCUGCCCCAAGCCAGGGCUCUCCUCCAUCCUCAGCGAGCAAGAAGCACAAGUGCCCAUACUGCAACACCGAGUUUACUCGGCACCACAACCUCAAGAGCCAUCUCCUGACGCACAGCCAGGAAAAGCCCUAUGUGUGUACAGACUGCCAGAUGCGCUUCCGCCGUCUUCACGAUCUAAAACGCCAUGGCAAGCUUCACACGGGUGAAAAGCCCCACGUGUGCCCCAAGUGCGAUCGCAAAUUUGCUCGAGGUGAUGCCUUGGCUCGACACAGCAAAGGAUUGGGCGGGUGCGCCGGCAGGCGGUCCAGCAUGGGUAGCUUCGCCGAUGGAGAUGAGCUGGACGGCGCCAUGGAAGGAGACGAGGCUGCCGUCAUGACGGGCAUUGCCUACGAUAAUCCCGACGAAGAGGAAUUGAGGCGACAAAGCUUGCCCAGCCUCAGUGCGCAACAUAUCCCAGGACCAGCAGAACAAUAUGGAAGUCACUCCCGGACGUACCCCCCCGCCGGAGCGAGGUCUGCGACAGCUGCUGCCGGCUUAUAUCCCCCUGGUGUCGGCCAGAACCCAGCUGCGGGGACUAGCAGUACAAGUGUCUCUAAUAGUAUUGGAGGCAGUCACACGCCAAAUACUAGCAUUUCUUCGUCCGUUGCGGUCAGCGCUGCAAAUGCAGGUCUUUAUCCACAGGCUAUUGUGCCGGACGGUGGAAAGCCGUUGAAUUCCGAUGGAGGGCCAUCUCACGAUGCUUCCGGUAUCGCGAGACAGCGAUCGCCCAGUCUAUCCCAUCAAUUACAGCAGCAACAGCAGAUGGGGAGACGACAGUCAGAAAUGCAGUCUCCUCACAGCGGACAGAAUAGACCAAAGCUUCCUGGAUUGACACAUCCAGGAUAUGCCACGGCAAGUUCCCCGGGCUUCUCUCACGGCGGCCGUCCGCCAACCGCGACGGCGUCGACCGGCGACAGUGGCAACAUGUUUGCGCAGAGCGACCCGAGCGUGUGGGCCUACAUCCAGACUUUGGAGGAAAAAGUCAAAUCACUGUCGGACAAGGUAUUAUCGCUCGAUCACGAGAUGACUACGCUGAAAAGCAAGCUUGAAAAUCGUGAAGGAGUUCCCGCUGGCUGA